AUGAAACUCCUUUUGAUUUUGGCUUUCGUAAUCGGCACCGCUUCAGCGGCGGCCAUUCUAGAGCAGCAGGUAGAGCAAACGAACGCAAACAUCAAUGGACACAUUGUCAAUGGCGCCGAUGCCUGGGAUGGACUCUUUCCGUAUCAAGCUGGUUUGACUUUGGAAGAGAAUGGCCAAUGCGUUCAAGCCGCCACUGUCUAUUUGGGUAGUACGUCGCGUGGUAAUGGUCAAUAUUCCACUGUUGUUCAUCAGAAUGAUGUCCAUAUCCAUCCAGAUUAUAGUAGUUUAAAUGAUAUCGCUUUGGUUUGGAUCCAUUCCGUCUCCUACUCUGGCAACAUUCAACCCGUCAGACUGCCAUCGUUCAAUCAAUACAGCAACUAUGAAGGCCAGUGGGCAAUACUCUCUGGUUGGGGUAACAUAUAUGAUAGAUCCGGUCUUAACGGUGAUCUGAAGUAUGCCAGCCAACCAAUUAUUUCAAAUGGCGAAUGCUCAUCUCAUUACAUCAUAAACGAUGGUCUCAUUUGCACCAAACCUGUUUAG